UCCGAACGGUAUCAGUUAAUUUGAGAUCGUUAAACUAUACCUAGCUUGUCGGUUUUGCGUUGCAUUUCAUACUAGUAGAAGAGACGGCAGUUUGCGCCAGCAGUGAAUGAUUCAGAAGAAGAAAACAAGUUCUCAACAGUCAGUUACAAGGAGAAAAUUGUGUUUCAAGUGAAAGGACAAUUGUAGCCAAGUCGGAAAUCGGAAGCAAUCAUGAUUUCGGAAUUGUUUAACGCAGUUAAUAAAGCCCGCUUCAGUGGCAUUCGGAUUGUUCCGGCAAAUGCGCCAUCGCUGUACCAAGAAUGUGUAAAAGUGUUUGUGGCCGAGGUCAAUCGAACCAACAAGAAUGGGAAACGGAUUUCGGAGUUGCAAUUUUUGCCAACGGCUGCGUUGGUGAACAUCUUUGAUGAAAUGUGCCUCUAUCCGAGCUUGCGUAACAUUCUGCGCCAGGAGCUCUCUGAUCCAGCUCUGUUUAUGAGGAUCUUCAACGGUCAUGCGUCGAAUCAGCACAUUUUAGAUCGUUGCUUGCGCGAGGCUAGUUUGAGCGGAAAACCGGUUCUGUCCGACCUCGCUACUAAUUACUGUGAUAUGGCUCGUGGCGACCCACUGGAGCCGGGAUCGCCGGCCUUCAUGAGUCGUAUUCUGGCCACCUUGAAACUUGGUACCUAUCUAAACGAAGCUGGUUGGUCCAGUUCUAGUGUCGAUGUGUUAGUCAUAGCUAAAGACAUGAUCUCGUUGAUAAAGGACAACCGUUUCCACAAGCAACUGGAACUGGAAUCCAUUCAAAAGUUGUUGCAUUCGGAAAUAAGCUGCGCUCACCCGAAUGCAAGACAAACAAGUGAAGCCCUGCAGGAGUUGAUCUCCGACAGUACUGACGCUGACGAACUAGUCAAAUCUUAUAUAGAAAUUUCCUAUUUCCACUACUCGGUCGAGGAGUACGAUUUAUGCCACGACUGGAACCUGAAAGUGAUGAGCCUAAUCACAGAUUCUACUCCGAUUGGAGACGUUAUCGCUGUUCUCCAGCUAGAAGCUUUGUUCUGCUUUGCUAAGGAACGCUACGACCUUGGAAGUAUGCUAAUCUCGCAAGCUAUUCAUCGCGCACGUUCCAAGUAUGGCAACGUGCAUCCGCGCUACGCUGAUGUGAUACUCACCUAUGGCGAAUGCCUGCUGCUUAUGAAUGCCGUAUCCGACGCCAUCUCUACAUUCAUGGAGUUGCUCGAUAUCACCACGAAACUGUAUGGACAGCACACUCCUACUGUUCCGAUUGUGCAAGGCUACCUGGCGUACGGAUUCUAUCUGCGUUCGCAUACCACCGGACGUUUCGAUAUGGCACAGGACCAAAUUGACAAAGCCAUCGCCCAGGCGAAACAGCUUAUUCCGUCGAAUCAACGUGUACUUGAAGACUUGAACUCCAUCCGUGAUAUGGUGAUCAAGGGACAUGACGGCGUUCGUGCAGCUAUGAAGGAAAACCAGGUGAUCAAGGCCAACAACUAUCAGAUUUUUUCGUUCCCCGAAAUCCGAGACAAGUGCGUUGAACUGCAUGCAUCAUUCGAUUGUGAAUGCUAGAUAUAUAUUUGUUACUAGGCUAGAUUAGAAUAACCGAACAAUACAAAUCGAAUUUAUUUGCUUAUGUUAAGCGAUUUCCAUACAAAAGACUUGAACCUAACUAGAUUGUAAGUGAUGUUUUUUGUUUUAUCAUGUAAAUAAACUACAAUGUCAAUUCGUUUAUACAAAUCUA